AUGGCAACGAUUACUGAUUUCGCAGAUGUUGAUGGCUGGAUUCAACAUCUGAUGCAAUGUAAACAAUUACAAGAAGCUGAUGUAAAAAGACUAUGUGAUAAGGCCCGGGAAAUCCUUAUGGAAGAAUCGAAUGUUCAACCAGUCAGAUGUCCAGUAACUGUUUGUGGCGAUAUCCAUGGACAGUUUCAUGAUCUAAUGGAGUUAUUCCGUAUUGGUGGAAAUUCGCCGGAUACCAAUUAUCUCUUUAUGGGUGAUUAUGUAGACCGUGGCUAUUAUUCUGUUGAGACUGUCACUCUACUUGUUGCUCUAAAAGUCAGAUAUCGGGAUCGUGUCACUAUUUUACGAGGAAAUCAUGAAUCGAGACAAAUCACUCAAGUAUAUGGUUUCUAUGAUGAAUGUUUAAGAAAAUAUGAAGUUCCUCACGAAGGUCCAAUGUGUGAUUUAUUAUGGUCUGAUCCAGAUGAUCGUUGCGGUUGGGGAAUUUCUCCCAGAGGUGCUGGCUAUACUUUUGGACAAGAUAUAUCAGAAGCAUUUAAUCAUAACAAUGGUUUAACAUUAAUUGCUAGAGCUCAUCAAUUGGGAUACAAUUGGUCACAGGAUAAAAAUGUGGUCACAAUUUUUAGUGCUCCAAAUUAUUGUUAUCGUUGUGGUAAUCAAGCUGCAAUCAUGGAAAUAGAUGAACAUUUGAAAUAUACAUUUUUGCAAUUUGAUCCUGCACCAAGAAAAGGAGAACCACAUAUAACCCGUAGAACACCAGAUUACUUUUUGUAA